AAGAUGGCAUCACUCUGUUUGUAAUACCGAUUGCACUUUUGCAAAGUAUUUUGGCACUGCUAUUGUUUUCAUAAAUUGUAAAUUGUUUUUGUAUAAAAUUGCUUUUAAAUAAAUUAUGCAAAAAUAUGAGAAGUUGGAGAAAAUUGGUGAAGGAACCUAUGGUACUGUAUUCAAAGGAAGAAAUCGGGAAAGUUUAGAAAUUGUCGCUUUGAAGAGAGUGCGACUAGAUGAAGAUGAUGAGGGAGUGCCAAGUUCUGCAUUGCGGGAAAUUUGUCUGUUAAAAGAAUUGAAGCAUAAGAAUAUAGUUCGAUUGUAUGACGUACUACAUUCUGAUAAGAAACUUACAUUAGUUUUUGAACAUUGCGAUCAAGAUUUAAAAAAAUAUUUCGAUAGUUUGAAUGGUGAAAUUGAUAUGGCCAUCUGUAGAAGUUUCAUGCUACAACUGUUACGUGGAUUAGCAUUUUGUCACAGUCAUAAUGUACUACAUAGAGAUCUUAAACCACAAAAUUUGUUAAUCAACAAAAAUGGAGAGUUAAAAUUAGCGGAUUUUGGUUUGGCGAGAGCAUUUGGCAUUCCAGUUAAAUGUUAUUCCGCUGAAGUUGUUACUCUGUGGUAUCGGCCACCGGAUGUAUUGUUUGGUGCCAAGCUAUAUACAACUAGCAUAGAUAUGUGGUCAGCUGGUUGCAUUUUUGCCGAACUUGCAGAUGCUGGACGUCCACUAUUUCCAGGAUCAGAUGUACUGGAUCAAUUAAUGAAAAUUUUUAGAGUAUUAGGCACUCCGACAGAGGAAACAUGGCCAGGUGUCACACAUCUGUCAGAUUAUGUAGCGCUUCCAUCAUUUCCAGCCAUUACCUCUUGGAGUCAAAUAGUACCACGUCUAAAUUCAAAAGGACGCGAUCUUUUACAAAAAUUGUUAAUAUGUCGACCAAAUCAACGAAUAAGUGCAGAACAAGCAAUGCAACAUCCGUAUUUUACUGAAAGUUCAAAUCAUUAAAUUUUAGAUUUAUUAAAUUAAAACUUAAUUUAAAGUGUAGAUUUUAAUGUAUAAAUUAUAGUAAGAACAACAAUUAUUUUCGAACUUUGUAUUAGUAAUUUUUGAUUUAAUUUUAGUUUUUGAAUGAUUUAUUUAUAUGUUGAAUUGCUGGAAUUGAAAGAACUGUAUGCAGUAUAUCAGUGUUAUUACUUUAUGAAUUAGAAGCAUAUUGAACUUAUUAUUUUAACUUUAUAUUGUUCCUUUUUUUCUAGUAAUAAAAAUUAUUCUAAUGUGAUAGAUAUGUUUGUAUCAUCAGAA